AACUUGCUGCAACAGAUGAAUAUUAUUAAGAUUUCAUUAAGAUUUCGAGUUUAAAAUCAACUUCCGUUUAGAGACAUUACUGUCACCGGACAUGAGCUAAGGCCAAUUGCUGUUGAUCCCAAUUAAAGACCUUUCUGGUCUCAACCGGCCGUUCUGGUCCGGCCCACAUCUUUCAUAACCGAUGAAGUGUAAAUCCUUGGCCUGCAUAUGGUCCGGCUCACCACCGGUUCACCGAGUCACCGCCGUCGCAACGCUCCACCAACCGCCCACUCUUUACACCGGCGGAUCCGAUGGCUCCAUUGUCUGGUGGAAACUCAUCAUCUCUUCCGGAAAAACGGAAAUGAAACCAGUUGCAAUGUUGUGUGGUCAUGCUGCUUCAAUAGCUGAUCUAGGGACUUGCUUUCCCUUUGAGGCGUCGGAAGAUGGAAAAUCUCCAAAUUCAAGUAAUGUGCUAUCUAAUCCUAAUUCCAUUAGCUGUGGUGCACUAAUAAGUGCUUGCAUUGAUGGUGUAUUAUGCGUUUGGAGUAGAGAAAGUGGACACUGUAGACGAAGAAGGAAACUUCCUCCUUGGGCAGGGAGUCCAGUGAUGAUCAGGUCAUUGCCCAACAAUGCUAGAUAUGUAUGUAUUUCCUGUUGUUUUGUUAGCCCAGAGCACGAGUUACUUAAUUCAGUGGAACCAGAUGAGCUAUUGGUGGAUAGAGAAUCAGAAAACCCUAACCCUUUGAGAUGUACAAUUGUAAUCGUUGACUCAUUUACUCUUACAAUUGUCCAAACUGUUCUUCAUGGGAAUGUAUCUAUCGGACCUUUGAAGUCCAUGGCCGUAGUUUUGCCUUCAGAUGACAUCGAGAAGCAGUCUGUAUUAAUUAUUGAUGCUUUUGGUAAAGUGCUAAGUUUACCAAUAAUGAAGGUAUCUAGCCCGAGAUUUCAAAAUGUGCCUGUUGUGCCGAAGGAUUUCUCAAUUUCAGAAGUGAUGGACUGGGUAGAUGAGCCCAAAGAUAGGGGAUCUCUGGUGGCUGUUACCAGUUGUGGGUAUGUUUUGGGCCUUGUUUAUAGAAAACAUUGCACAUUUAGACAUGUGGAGAACGGAAAUGUUAUUGGCAAGAUAUUGUUUCCAGAAAAUGAACUAUAUUCUGGAGACAAGUUAUACAUAGUAGGUGGCGUAUUCCUAGGAGACAAUACCAGUAUCUCAAGCAAUGUGUUUGUAAAAGAAUUUGUAGCGUGGAAUAAUAGCGGUGCUGCCGUUAUAUACCAGAUAUCAUACUUGAGCAAUAUAUUCAAGAUUGAUCCUCUAUCACUAAUCCCAGCUGUAUUGCAUCCUUCUGAUGUUAGACUAUCCUUCUCCUUCGUAUCAUUAGGUAAGUAUCUGCUUCGAGUUGAAUCAAUUUGCUUGCCUGCCAAGGAACAUAAGUUUUGGAGACCUCGUGUUACUGUCUGGCUUUUGCCUGAGCAAAAUGGAGAUUUUGGGGAACUCCACUCAGAGUGUAAACUGUUUGGACAAGGCGAUCUUUUUUCUGGCUGGACUACGAGCUCGUCUUCGUCUACAAAUGAGGGCCUAGAACAUGGAAAUCCUGAAGAAGGAACAAUUAUGACUGAUAAAAUGACUCAAUCAGAAAGUGGUUUAUCAGCAGGUGUCACAUAUGUCACUGACCGAGGAGGUCAACUAGUACUUUCUUCAAUGGUUAUAUCAGAAAACCACCCUGCUCCUUAUGCCAUUGUGUAUGGAUUUUUCAGUGGUGAUAUUGAAAUCGUUAGGUUUGACAUGUUCUUUCCAGAAAUUGCUUCACUUGUCCAGAAUUCGCAUCACGAAGCCAAUUCUCAAGGGCAAAAGCAGCAUCUAUCUGGUCACAGAGGAGCAGUGUUAUGUUUAGCUUCACAUCAGAUGGUGAUUAGUUCUGGAGAAGGUAGUUUAAGACAAGUUCUGCUGUCAGGUAGCAUGGACUGUACAGUUCGUGUAUGGGAUCUUGACUCUGGUAGACCCAUAAUGGUGUUGCACCAACACGUAGCUCCAGUACGCCAAAUUAUCCUUCCUCCAUCUAAUAGUGAGUACCCAUGGAGUGAUUGUUUUUUGACGGUUGGAGAUGAUUCGUGCAUCGCCCUUGUUUCACUUCAAACUAUGAGGGUCGAGAGAUUGUUUCCUGGACACAUGUACUUUCCAACAAAAGUCCUGUGGGAUGGUGUAAGAAACUAUAUAGCAUGUCUGUGUCCGCACCGCUCAUCAAAAGCUGAUGCACUCGAUGUUCUGUACAUUUGGGAUGUAAAGACGGGUGCUCGUGAGCGGGUUCUUCGUGGAGCUGCUGCUCACUCAAUGUUCGAUCAUUUCCUUAAAUCCAUCAAUGAAAGUUCUUUGUCUGGCACUUUGGUGAAUGGAAAUACUUCGGCUUCCUCUUUAAUUUUUCCAAUUGCUGAACAGUCAAAGCUUCCUCAAUCUAAUUCUGCAUUUUCUAGGAAGAGUAUCGUUCCAGGAAUAUCAACGGAAAGUAAAACUGAUACAAAAGCAAUGGGAUCAUUACAUGCUAUGAAAGGAAUUUUUGCUAAAUCAGUGUCCUUCCAAAGUGGCAUGCACCCGAUUAAAAGCUCUUCUCCUUUUCCAGGACUCUCAACAUUGUGUUUUGACCUAGAUAGCUUGAUGUCACUUAGUUCAUCGACUGGAUUGUCUGAAAACGAAAGCCACAUUGGUGAGAAACAUCACAUGAAGGAAGCUGGAACUAGCAGGCCUAAAGGUGAUGCUUCUCAGAGGGCAAAUGCUCUUCUGGGUGAACCUGAUGGGGAGUUGCCUGGCCCUCAGAAUGUGAAUGGAAAAGGUUCUGUUCUGGAUGGGCCAUCUGUUGUUACAUUGGAACAUAAUGACUGGGCCCACUCCCUUGAUGGACGCCUUCUCCAAUUCAGCUUGUCUUUUCUGCACUUGUGGAACAUCGAUAAUGAGCUUGAUAACUUGCUAGUAACUGAAAUGAAGCUCAAACGGCCAGAUUCUUUUGUGGUAUCGUCUGGUAUGUUGGGGGACAGGGGCUCAAUGACCAUCACAUUUCCAGGUUCUAGUUCAACUCUGGAGUUAUGGAGAUCUUCAUCUGAGUAUUCUGCCUUGAGAUCAUUAACAAUGGUGUCCCUUUCCCAGCAUUUGACCAGCGUAUCUCACUCUUGUUCUUCAGCAAGUAGUACUUUAGCAGCAUUUUAUACGCGGAAAUUUGCAGAGGAAAUCUCAGAUAUAAAACCUCCUCUGCUGCAGAUCCUAGUAAGCUUUUGGCAGAACGAGUUUGAACAUGUGAAAAUGGCUGCUCGCUCUUUAUUCCAUUGUGCUGCUUCGCGGGCUAUUCCAGUUCCACUGUGCUAUGAAAAUGGUCACUUAUAUUCACAUGGAACAUUGGAGGAAGAGCAUGGCCAUACAACAGCCACAUGUCCCGCAUCCGAUGAAAAAAUUGAAACUCAAGGGGAGUUUGUCGAGGAAGACUCUGAAAUAACUUCGUGGUUGGAAUCAUAUGAAGUGCAAGACUGGAUUUCCUGUGUUGGGGGAACAACUCAAGAUGCAAUGACUUGUCAAAUAAUUGUUGGUGCUGCAUUAGCUGUCUGUUAUCCUAGCCUUGCCAAACGAAGACUUCCGGCUGUCGUGGUUCAUCGACUGGUGAAAUUGGUAAUGGCUAUGAAUGACAAGUAUAGUGCUGCAGCAGCUGAGAUUUUAGCUGAAGGUAUGGAGAGCACAUGGAAGGCGUGCCUUGUUUCCGAAAUACCUCAUUUGAUAGGGGACAUAUUCUUUCAAGUGGAGUGUGUCAGUAGUAAAUCAUCGGUUAAUGCAUAUGGCCAGAAUCCGGUUGCAUCUCUUAGCAUACGGGAUACUUUAGUUGGAAUACUACUUCCGAGUUUAGCAAUGGCUGACAUACCUGGAUAUCUACACGUGAUAGAAAGCCAAAUCUGGUCAACCGCUUCUGAUUCACCAGUUCACGUGGUGGCACUCAUGACUCUCAUCAGGGUUGUUCGUGGCUGUCCAAGAAAUUUAGCUCCAUAUCUCGAUAAGACAAUGGAUCCCGGUAAUUUAACCAUGCGCAGAAAUUGUCUCCAAAGUUCUAUGACAGCACUGAAAGAAGUUGUACGUGUGUUUCCUAUGAUAGCUUUAAAUGAUGCAUCAACCCGACUGGCAGUUGGGGAUGCAAUUGGAGAGAUUAAUAAUGCUUUUAUUCGGGUGUAUGACAUGCAAAGCAUGACCAAGGUAAAGGUCUUGGAUGCCAGCGGACCUCCUGGACUUCCAAAUUUACUUGGAGGAACCAUAGAAAAGGCUAUAACCACCGCAAUAUCUGCUUUAAGUUUCUCACCAGAUGGAGAGGGACUAGUUGCUUUUUCGGAAUACGGGUUGAUGAUCAGAUGGUGGUCACUGGGUUCUGUGUGGUGGGAGAAACUUAGUCGAAAUCUUGUUCCUGUUCAGUGCACCAAGGUGAUAUUUGUACCCCCGUGGGAAGGAUUUUCACCUACUUCCACUCGGUCCAGCAUUAUGGCUACUGUGCUGCAUGACGAUGAACAUGCCAAUUCACCGGGAAACAACAAAGUUGCGAGUGAAAUGGACAGGCUAAAGCUGUUGAUACACAAUCUUGACCUGUCUUACAGGCUCGAGUGGGUUGGGGACAGAAAAGUGAAGCUCUCUCAGCAUUCCAAUAUUGAGUUAGGCACCUUCCAGCUAUAAGCAUCUGCAGAUGACACUAAAUUUUUCUGGCCCAAGAGCCGUCUGAAGUUUAUAUUUUGGUAGUUCUUGAGCUACAAUGGGCUUUGCAGAUAGAAAAAAUGGAAACCAGAGCCAACUACAUAUGUAGAAAUCUCAAUUUUGGCUGAUUGGCCCAGUCUAAAUUUCUGCGCAUGUCAUCUAAGUUCAGAAUGAGAUGCAUAGUCCUCUACACCAUUCAAUUUCUUUUUGUUAUUAGAUGACCAUUGAUCUUUUCGUUUUCCUUUUUUUUUUUUUUUUUUUUUUUUUUUUCUUUUUGUUGUUGUUUUUUGUUAUGCUGAAAAAUAGUAUAUGGGUUUUGUANAUUUUUGUGUGCUGUAGUUUGUUGGU